CAAAUAUAAGAGGGCAGCGCUCUAGUCACCUUGGAACCUGCCUCUCACCUCACGCUCAGCUGGACAUCUUCGUGCCAGCUGUAGUGACGUUGACGAGGUUCGCUACAGGUGGGAGGGAACAGCUGUCUAGCCACCAGAUGUUCUGGUUGUCCAUGGAAGCAUUUAGCUGCUAUAACUUCUUCAGUUGUUGAAUUGUCUCCUCUCAGUUACUGACUGACUUAAAUGAACAUUGUACUGUAAGGCGAGGAAAAUCUCCAUGAACACAAUUGUUUGGUGGUGUGCUGUCUGCAACAAUGAAGCCCCUUACAUUGGAUGACGUGAUCAAUGUCACUGGACAGUUCGGGCGCAGCCAGAAAAUAUACUAUUUUGGUCUUUCACUACUGCAGAUCUUCAUAGCUGCUCAUAUGCUGCUUAAUAUUUUCACUGGUGUGGAGCCAACAUUCCAGUGCUUCCCCAGAGAUGAAGGUGGAAAGUCUGGUGCCAGUCUCAAAAAUCAUUCUCUCCUCAGCAAGUGCAUUGACAAUAAUGUACAUAAUUGUAGAAUUGUUUAUACAUCAGAGUACAAAUCUUUUGCUACUGAGUGGAACCUGAUAUGCAACGAGAAGUACAAAGUGGCUCUGGUGCAGUCAGUAUGGAUGUUUGGAGUGAUGAGUGGAGCCCUGGUGCUUGGUGGACUGGCAGACAUCAUAGGCCGCCUGAAGACGUUAAUGUUGGCACUCCUUGGCACGAUAGCUUUUGAGGGAUUCAGUGCCUUUGCUCCUACAUACAUAAUUAUGGUAGCCUUUAGGUUCCUUGGAGGUGUUUGCUGCUCACUGAUCAUUGUGGCAAGUUUUGUCCUCUCUCAGGAGCUUGUUGGAAUGGACUGGAGAAGUUUUUGUGGCAUUAUCUUGGGAAUGUCCUUUGCUGUGGGCAUUGCUAUUUUUUCUCUUGUGGCAUCUGCAGUUUCUGAUUGGAGAACCCUCACCCUCAUAUGCUCAGUUUGUGGUAUUGCAUUCCUCAGCUUACCAUGUUGUAUCCCUGAGAGUCCACGAUGGCUGGCCUCUGAAGGAAGGAGUGAUGAAGCUAAGGCAGUGCUUGAUGACAUUGCAAAGAAGAAUCUCACAUCAGGUAAAUUGCCAAAACAAUGGCAUCUUCCAUCCAUAAACAAAGGCAAGAACAAAAAGCAGCGCAAAGGAUUAGGUCUUCUGGUCAGCCACCCCUACAUUGCCAUCAUCACUAUAAUUUUGUUAUAUACAUGGUUUGUCAAUGGUGCAACUUACUAUGCCCUCACCAUAGCAGCGAGUGACUUGGGGGGAAAUAUUUAUGUAUCAACAGCUCUAAAUGGUUUAGUAGAAAUCCCUGCUGGAUUUAUUGCCAUGUGCAUCAUUGACAGACUUGGUCGGCGUGUGACAUUGUGUGGCUUUAUGUUUAUUGGAGGUGUAGCUUGCCUCAGUAUCCAGCUGUUACCCUCAAGCCUGCAGUAUCUCACCACCUCAUUUGCUCUUUGUGGCAAAUUGAGUAUAUCUGCCAGCUUUGUUGCCAUCUAUAUUCACAGUGGUGAAAUAUUCCCAACAAUGAUUCGGAAUUCUGGAAUGGGAAUUGUGUCCGUGUCAUCCAGGAUUGGAGGAAUGUUGUCACCAUUCAUUCUAAUGCUGGGAGAUGUCAUGCCCAAUCUCCAGUUUACUGUACUUGGCCUCUUGACAUUAUUGUCAGGACUAUUAAAUCUCAAGCUCCCUGAAACCUUGGGCCAACCAAUGCCAGAGACAAUCUCAGAUGUGCUGGCUCUCAGAAACUCAAUUAAAACAGUGCAUCACUCCAAAUAUAAGAAGCUGGAAACUGAAGAGACAGAAGCAUAUCAAGAAACCCAGUCCAGGAGUCCCAGCCCAAGAGGUAGAGAGAAGCCCGUCCAUGAUGAUGAGCUUCCCCUCGUGGAAGACGGUGAUUGAUGACCAAAAUCAAGUACCUAGUUGUGUUUUGUAUAUUAAUUCAAUCUCUUUUCAUUCCAGUUUGUUUGUUUUCUUUUAUAAUUACUUUUUACAAUUUUGAUUGAGUAGCUGAUUCUGAAGCAUUGCAUAUAAUUUUUUGAGAAUUUUAUGUAUUGUUUUAAUUACACAUUGUUUCAUUGUUUUAAAAAUAUUAAUUUAUAAAAAUUCUUGUAAAGCUGUUUUUACAGAUUGUAGAUGUUAGAAAGAAAUGAUAUAUUAAUUACAUUAGGAAAAAACAAAAUUUUAACUAUAAAUCUGAAAAA